AGGAAGUGGCGCUGUGGGUCCGCGCGGUCCUCCUGGAUCCUUCAACGUGGAGCCAUGGGGGGCUUGGAGAAAAAGAAGUAUGAACGUGGCUCUGCCACCAACUAUAUCACCCGAAACAAAGCCCGGAAGAAGCUGCAGCUGAGCCUGGCUGACUUCAGGCGGCUGUGCAUCCUGAAAGGCAUCUACCCCCAUGAACCCAAGCACAAGAAGAAGGUGAACAAGGGCUCCACCGCGGCCCGCACCUUUUACCUCAUCAAGGACAUCCGCUUUCUCCUCCACGAACCUAUUGUCAACAAGUUCCGUGAGUACAAGGUCUUCGUGCGCAAACUGCGGAAGGCCUACGGGAAGAGCGAGUGGAACACCGUGGAGCGCCUGAAGGACAACAAGCCCAACUACAAGCUUGACCACAUCGUCAAGGAACGGUACCCCACAUUCAUCGAUGCCCUGCGGGACCUGGACGACGCCCUGUCCAUGUGCUUCCUCUUCUCCACCUUCCCGCGGACCGGCAAGUGCCACGUGCAGACCAUUCAGCUGUGCCGCCGGCUGGCCGUGGAGUUCAUGCACUAUGUGAUCGCUGCCCGGGCCCUGCGCAAGGUCUUCCUGUCCAUCAAGGGCAUUUACUACCAGGCCGAGGUGCUGGGGCAGCCCAUCGUGUGGAUCACACCCUACGCCUUCUCCCAUGACCACCCGACCGACGUGGACUAUAGGGUCAUGGCCACCUUCACUGAGUUCUACACCACCCUGCUGGGCUUCGUCAACUUCCGCCUCUACCAGUCCCUCAACCUGCGCUACCCGCCCAAGAUCGAGGGGUUCGCAGAGGCGAAGGGCAGUGAGGAGAGCUACGCGCUGGACUCGGAGAGUGCCCUGGAGAAACUGGCCGCUCUUAGCGCCAGUCUGGCCCGCGUGGUGCUGCCCAUGGAGGAGGAGGAGGCCCAAGUGGAUGAGUUUCCAGCCGAGGGGGACGAGGCGGCGCAGGACGAGGAGCACAGAAAGGAGCUGGAGGCCCAGGAGAAGCACAAGAAGCUCUUCGAGGGCCUGAAGUUCUUCCUGAACCGGGAGGUGCCCCGGGAGGCCCUGGCGUUCAUCAUCAGGAGUUUUGGGGGUGAUGUGUCCUGGGAUAAGUCUCUCUGCAUUGGGGCCACUUACGACGUCACAGACUCCUGCAUCACCCACCAGAUUGUGGACCGGCCGGGGCAGCAGGCCUCAGUCAUCGGCAGGUCCUACGUCCAGCCCCAGUGGGUGUUCGACUCCGUGAAUGCCCGGCUCCUCCUCCCCGUGGCCGACUACUUCCCUGGGGUCCAGUUGCCCCCUCACCUCUCGCCCUUCGUGUCAGAGAAGGAAGGCGACUACGUGCCCCCUGAGAAGCUGAAGCUGCUGGCCCUGCAGCGGGGCGAGUACCCCGUAGGCAAUUUGGGUGAAUCUGAAGAGGAGGAUGAGGAGGAAGAUAGUGAAGGUGACAGGGAUGAAGGAGGAGAUGAUGACGACGAGGAGGAAGAGGCCGAGGAGGCCGAGGCUGGUUCGGAAAAGGAGGACGAGGCCCGACUGUCAGCCCUGGAAGAGCAGAGGAUGGAGGGGAAGAAGCCCAGGGUGAUGCCAGGCACCGUCAAGCUGGAGGACAAACAGCGGCUGGCCCAGGAAGAGGAGGCUGAGGCCAAGCGCCUGGCGAUCAUGAUGAUGAAGAAGCGGGAGAAGUACCUCUACAACAAGAUCAUGUUUGGCAAACGGCGGAAAAUCCGGGAGGCCAACAAACUGGCAGAAAAGCGGAAAGCCCACGACGAGGCCAUGAGGUCUGCUAAGAAGGCCAAGAAGGCCAAGCCGGUGUGAGCGUCUCCUGGGCACAGCAGGACUCGGCACAGGCAGACCAGAUGCCCCAGGCACGGUGACAGACCAGAGACCUCUCUCUCCACCCUCCUGCUCCCUGCCGGCCCUCACACUCGGCCUCCCUUGGAUGGAGCUCCUGGCUGAUGGCUGGUCAGGGCAGUGACUUCUGGGCCCUGCCUCGCUCUGCUCCCUGAGUGACAUGGGGUGUGGGGUGUCAGGCCACCCCUCCCCUGCAGCUCCAUUCACCCCGUCAUCCGUACACGCACGGUUGGAUCCUAUUCUCUGGUGCUG